GUCUUGGAUGAUUUUUAUUUUCUUUCCUUCAUGGAAGCUCGACCUUUUGCUUCUGAGUUCAUUCUUCCAGACCCUUAUUUCUCGUCAUCUACAUUCCCUCGUACAGAUGACUCUGGAACGCUGUAAAAAAAAAAACACAAACGCACGCACACACGACCGCGAUAUGCUGACCGAUUCCCAUGCUGACCUUCCCGUCCUCCUCCUCCUCCGUCGCCGCCGCCGCUGUGUCCAGUCCGAAAAGACAAACGGAUAUUAAAAGACAUUAGUUUAUGUGGUUUUGAACCAGGACCCUGCUGUCGGUGGUUUCGAUUCCGUCGCGCCCAUAUAAACGCCGAGCAUGUGGUCGUACAAAGCUUUGUGCAACAAGAGGGGGGGAGGGGUAGUGAAAGAGCGGACGAGAUAGAACACGCACGCAACACGGCAUCUC